CGACGAGGAACAAAGGCUAUACCUCAUGCGAACCCAUUCAGUGGGAUGGGUCCAGUCAUGUCAAGACGUGGCAUUUUUUCAUGAUUUGUUUGCGUUAAUCCUCCGGCGUGAGCGUCAACGAGCGCUCGACCUCGCGAUUUAAACUUUUCGUUGUCCUUUCCUCCUACCAACCACAUACCCAUCUAAAUCGACUUUGCACAGGUCCCCUCUGUCGGUGAUCUCGUCAAGUCAACAAUUACACUCUUUUCAAAUCAACACUCAUUUACACAUAUAUCUCGGUGAUUAGAUAUCAGACAUGUUUACGCCUCCCCCUUCACCUCUCCCAUCCAAAAGGUUUCAAAGUUCUGAAUCGCACAAGCCCAAAAUGACUGACGAUACCCCCACAUGCGCUAACACAUCUGCGUCCCCCACACAUUCAUACCAAUCCAAGCAAAAACAUACCCUUACUCUUCGCUGGACGAUCAUCUUGGUACCCUUAACUCUCAUCACAAUCGCCGUUUCCACACGAUUUUUUGUUCAUCCAACGGUGUUUGACGCCUUUUCGCCAACCUCAUCCCAGGGGUGGAAAUCGUGGACUAACAGCUUAACCGACUGGUCACUGCACCAGAGACACAAAUCUACCGGGGACCUCUUACACCUAUCUGACACAAGCCCAUCACCUUUCAUCAAGAGGAGUACGCCGUCGACCACCUCCGCCCCCACCGUUCCAAUAAAUCCAACUUUGCCAACUCCAUUUCCCCAGCCCUAUGACACAACUUUGUCGCCAAAUUUCUCGACCACAUCUUGCUACAAUUUCUUCCUUAACAUGACACAGACAGAUGCUUUACGAUCCUGCCGCCCUUUCUCACUCUUGCUCACUCAUUCUCAGGCAUUUAUACAGAUACAAGAUGAUAUAAAUGCAACGAACACAGAUAUUUGGGGAACGUGCAACACUGGCAUCUCACAAAGUCAGUGUGACCUGAACAUGGCGUGGUUUGCAUCGUCGCUACGUUCUUCAUGUGCUACCGACUUGAGCGACCAAAACCUCAUGGCGGUCAGCGCAUUGACAGGUCUUCAAGCAUAUGACUUGAUGCGGGAAGCAGCGUGUUCCGUGGAUCCCGUGGCAAAUGCAUACUGCUAUGUUGAAGCUGUGGCGAGCUCUGACCCUUCCAGCUACUAUUUCUACCAGCUACCCCUAGGACUGCCACUGCCCAAAAUCACCAACGGAGCAUGCAACUCUUGCACCAAGAGUCUCGUGUCAAUGUAUUCGGCUGCUCUGAGCAGCACAAAUGCCACCAGUUUGACAGGAUUGCAAUUUACUUAUGCGGACGCGGCAAACAAACUAAACAGUGCGUGUGGAUCGUCUUAUGCGCAAAGUACGACCGUGGCAUCCUCGUCGGCGCCACCGAGCGUCAAGUUGACGAGCGUGGGAGGUUGGGCUGUGCUGCUCGCUGUGGGUGUGCUAUCAACUUCAAUAUCGUCAUAGGGAGAAGUAUGAUCGGUUUGUUGUCUGGGACAACCUGUUGGGUGAUCGGAUUUUUAUCGUUUUAGGGCUAUCUAGUUGUUUUUUUGUGGAAUUACUUACACAUGGGCGCGCAGACUACCACUUGGACUCGUGUUCGUUCUCACUACAUACACUCACAGCGUCACCUACCAUCCUAUUAUUAUGACGGCCGUUGUGCAUUCACCGCCUUCUCGUGUAUACUGAUAUUGUUAUUCCAUAAUAUGGUGGGAC